UACCUUGUGGAAAGCGUGGAACAUUUGCUUUGGGCAUCACCUUCCUCCCCUCUCUGCCUUCUGCCUUUUGGAACCAUGGCAUGUCCUUUGAGCGUGUAACUCUCCCUCUGUUUGUCUCUCUUGCUCUAUUUAUGAGUCCCAACCUCAGGUAGAGAGAAGGGGAGCGAGAGAGAGAGAGAGAGAGGAUGGGUUUGUGCAGAUUGGUGUGCUCUCUGUUGUUGCUUGUUGUUGUUUGGGAGCCACUUCGUCGCUCCUGUGCCACCACCGUGAGUCCUCUGGAGAUAUCUCAUGCCUUCAUGGAGAAGGCGAAGGAGGAGGGCUUUGUGGAGUGGUUGAAGGGCAUCAGGAGGAGAAUUCAUGAGAACCCUGAACUGGGUUACGAGGAAUUCCAGACUAGUGAGCUCAUAAGGGCGGAGCUUGAUCAGAUGGGCAUUGCUUAUAAGUGGCCGGUGGCCGUCACCGGCAUCCUGGGUUAUGUCGGUACCGGGAAGCCGCCCUUCGCGGCGAUUCGGGCGGACAUGGAUGCGCUUCCUAUCCAGGAGACUGUUGAGUGGGAGCACAAGAGCAAGGUCCCCGGGAAAAUGCACGCCUGCGGGCACGAUGCCCACGUUGCGAUUCUUCUCGGAGCCGCGAAAAUCCUUCAGAGUUAUCGUGAGUACUUGCAAGGAACUGUUGUUCUCAUUUUUCAACCAGCUGAAGAAGGUGGUGCAGGAGCCAAGAAAAUGGUAGAAGCUGGAGCUUUAGAAAAUGUUGAGGCUAUUUUUGGAAUGCAUGUCUCUACUUCCGUUCCACUUGGAAAGGUUUCAUCUAGGUCUGGUCCAAUUAUGGCUGGAAGUGGCUUCUUUGAGGCAGUCAUAAGUGGAAAAGGUGGUCAUGCAGCUAUUCCUCAGCAUUCAAUAGACCCAAUAUUAGCUGCAUCUAAUGUCAUUGUUAGUUUGCAACACAUUGUUUCAAGGGAAGCUGAUCCCUUGGACUCCCAGGUAGUGACGGUUGCAAAAUUUCAAGGUGGUGGUGCAUUCAAUGUCAUUCCUGAUUCUGUAACAAUAGGGGGCACUUUCCGAGCGUUCUCAAAGGAAAGUUUCAGUCAACUCAAGCAGCGAAUCCAGGAGGUCAUCGUGGGGCAAUCAUCAGUUCAAAGAUGUAGUGCAACUGUAAACUUUAUUGAAAAGGAAUUCCCUUUCUUCCCUGUCACAGUCAAUGACAAAUCUUUACAUGAACACUUUCAAAAAGUUGCAGGGGAUAUUCUAGGUGCAAAUAACAUCAUCAAAGACAUGCAGCCAUUAAUGGGUUCAGAAGAUUUUGCAUUCUUUGCAGAGCAGAUACCAGCAUUCUAUUGCUUUGUUGGCAUGAAGAAUGAAUCAUUAGGGCCACUUCAACCUUCACACUCGCCAUCCUUCAUUGUCAAUGAAGAUGUGCUUCCUAUAGGCGCUGUUCUGCAGGCAUCCUUGGCAACAAGGUAUCUUCUGGAAUUACAUCCUAACUCACCGUCGUCUGCAGGAAAGGUCCAUGAUGAGUUGUAAAUCCUCGUCAAUCAAAGCUUCACCAGCUGAAGAGAAAUAUCAGACGUUAACUUGUUUCAAACUCUGAACACUAUUAAAUCAGUGUACAUUAUUACCUUCAAUACCUGCUCCCUGGAUGCCAUAACCACACUUGAAAUCAUGCUUCAUAAAUUGAUUAUGCUGUAAGAACUUUGAUCCUUUCAGCUUAAUCUUGGAACGUCAGGACAAAUGCAGCGCAUUGCACUGUCUGGUUUCUGUUUGCGUUAAAGUUAAUUUUCAGUACUGAAUCUUUUCA